UAGCGACACUAUCGCUGUGGCACUUUUGGAAACUAAGCAUUUUAUGACUUGUCAAAUCAAAACUAUCAAAAAAGUGCGGUUAUGUUAUAGAGGUUAUGUCCGAUGUAUGAAAAAUGGCUAAUUUUGGACAAAUAAUAACAAUAUGUGUGACAAUUUUCUCAGUAAACGCCAUUUACGAAGACCAAGUAGGAAAAUUCGACUGGAAACGCUCGUUUAUCGGUAAAGUGAAACACGCUCAAUUCGACAACAACCGCUUGAUUGUGACCACACACGAGAACAUCGUCGCCAGUUUGAGUCCUAAAACCGGCGAAAUUUUAUGGCGCCAACUCAUGGAGCACCCACAGGAGCACCAGCCGCAGUUUUUGCACGUGGACAGGGACGUGGUGACUGUCUCGGGGGCCAAAACCCGGUUCUAUGUACGUGGGUGGGAUGCCCCUUCUGGAAGCCUUCUCUGGGAGUGGCCUCUGGUGCUCGAUCGGAGCGGUGACUCGUUCUGGAUGCUCAAAGGCGACGUUUUGGUUCACAUUGCACCAGUUCCAGGCUCACAUAUGGAAAUCACACAUUUUAGUCUCAAAACGGGGGAAAUCCGCAAGAAAACUCGGAAAAUCCCCGAAACUUGGGUCUCAGAGAAAUGUACAACGGCCAACCCUUACUUCGUUUGCCUCUCUAAUGGACAAUUAUUCUGGUUUGAUGUUGUUAAUGAGGAUUCCAAGAGCAACAGUCACUCGAUUCAAAGCUUGUCUGACUGCAAUUUACUCGAAUUUGAUAGCCCCAAACCUUCUGUCUUGCUCGUGAGACACAAUAAGGCGAAAAUCGUGGAAAUUGGGGGCUCAGUUUUACCACAUGACUUGUCACCAAAUGCUGUCUCAAUCGGAAAUUCUGUAUUUCAACUCGAGGCCAAUUUGGAUAACAUGGAGAAGUUGAUAAGAGUGAAAUCGUUUAAUUUGUUGACUGGUCAGAGUGAAAUUUCGGUCGAUAUUGACUAUCCUUUGGGUCUCGGGGGGCCUUAUAUAGUUUCCGGGCAGUGUCGAGGCCCCUCCUGCGAGCUCCUCCUCUCCAGCACUGACCACGCCCUCACUCUAGUCCGCCUCCCUGAAGGCAAAGUCUCCUGGACCCGCGAAGAGGCCUUAAGUAACAUCGUUUCAGUCGAAUUCUUCGAAUUACCUGUUUCAGAUCUUGAAGUUAGUAUCGAAAACGAGUUUACAGAAUCCUCCAAUGACAUCAUGACAAUGUUCACCCGUCGCAUUUCCACCCAAACCAAACAAUUCUACAAUUUGGUGAGCGGUCAAUUCGGUUCGAUUCGGGACGACUUCGGGUUACACCGGAUCAUUGUCGUAGCAACAAGUGUUGGAAAAUUAUUCGGAAUUGACACUUUACAUAACGGUUCAAUUGUUUGGACUUAUCGUUUACCCAAUGUCAAGGCUUUUAAUGACGUCACAAUGAUGCUAUUGGUGCAGAGGACAGCGCGACACGCCCCAUUACCCGCCCAGUGUGUUUUAUUGGCCGAGGAUGCAACAACAGGAGGGGGGAUUUUGUUCGCCUUUGAUCCGAUUAGUGGAGCGUCACGUGGCUUGCAACGAUUGGGUUAUAGAGUCAAACAGGCGUUUUUGUUGCCCAAUGAGGAUGAGAAUCAUCUCAAACCGGUGGUGGUGAUUGGUGCGGAUGACUCCGUCCAUGUUUACCCGGAAAGUGACCGGAAAAUCGUCCGGAGGAACUCCUACGUGUAUACUAUAGGGAAGAGUUUGGUUCAGGGUUAUAGACUUGACCCAGAUUUUGGGUUAAAACCUGUGUGGAACCUAAAUUUAGGACUCUCAGAAUUGGUGGGUGUUAGUACACGUCCUAUGGCCGAGCGAGUCCAUUCGCAGGGUCGUGUCCUCCAUGAUCGAUCAGUCCAUUACAAGUAUGUUAAUCCGAAUUUGAUUGCGUUGGCAACACUGAGCGAUGAUCCGGUGCAUAAAAGUGUCCUCAGUGUGUUUCUAGUUGACGGAGUGACCGGUUUUGUGGUCUAUUCGACGUCACAUAAGAAGGCCAAAGGUCCGGUACAUUUAGUACACUCGGAGAAUUGGCUCGUUUAUACUUUCUUCAACGAGAGGUUCCGAAGAACCGAAAUCGUUUCGGCGGAAAUGUACGAAGGCUCCAGUCAGAGUAAUAGUACAGUGUUUAGUUCUUUCGGUAUAAGUCAGUUGCCACAGGUCAAAACCGAGUCAUAUAUCCUACCAGCCAAUCCCGUGUCGAUGUCAGUGACCUUGACUGAAAGAGGGAUCACGAAUAAGUUUUUGUUAGUUGGGAUGAGUUCCGGGAGUGUGGUGGAAAUCCCUUGGAUGUUGCUUCAGCCACGAUUCGCCGACAUGCCUUGUGGUCCAGAAGAGAGUUGUUUCCCCUACUUACCGGAAAUCUCCUUACCCCCCGAAGCCACAAUCAACUACAACCAAACUUUAGCAAGAAUUCGCAAGAUCGAAGUAGCCCCUGCCAAGUUAGAGAGUACAAGUCAUGUGUUAGUCCACGGGUUGGACAUGUUUUAUACUCGAGUGGCGCCAUCUAAGACUUUCGAUUUGUUGAAAGAAGACUUUGAUCACCGGUUGAUCGUUUUGGUUUUGGCAGGACUGGUUAUAGCCUCAUAUGUGACCAAGUAUUUGGCGGCCAAAAAGGCGCUAAGACAGGCUUGGAAAUAAUGCUUAGGGUUGAUAGGCAAUAAAUUACGUUUUAGUCAAUGGGUUUUCUCUGUCGUUUCUAUGCACCUUUGUUGUUCUGUUUGUUGUACAAUCAAGUCAGUUGUUUUGUUGUUUGAUACUGUGUAUUUAUACAGCGUUUUGUAAAAUAAUGGCGUUCGCUACGGACGUAACGUAAUUUGUAAAGGUAGAGUUGUUGGGUCGUGUAUAAAGUGUAAACAAAAGACCAAAUAAAAUGUUUAAAAGGC